AUGAACAUGUCUUCAGCCGCGCAAGGCGGUAUCUCGGACCCUGGUCUCAUAACACUGGUGAAUAAGUUACAAGAUGUCUUCACGACGGUCGGCGUACAAAAUCCUAUCGAUUUACCGCAGAUAGUAGUGGUGGGUAGUCAGUCGAGUGGAAAAAGUUCCGUGCUGGAGAACAUAGUAGGCCGAGACUUCUUACCUCGAGGUACCGGUAUCGUAACGCGAAGACCGCUCGUGCUCCAACUCAUCAAUCGUCAGCCUACUGCAGCGAAGACAAAUGGUGUAAAGGCAGAAGAGAUAUCCGCCGGGGCCGAUAAGGAAGCAAAUGCUGAUGAAUGGGGAGAAUUUCUGCAUAUUCCAGGGCAAAAGUUCCACGACUUCAACAAGAUUCGAGAUGAGAUUGUCAAGGAGACAGAAGCAAAGACUGGUCGGAAUGCUGGAAUCUCGCCUGCUCCCAUCAACCUUCGAAUAUACUCUCCUAAUGUCCUCACGCUUACACUGGUGGAUCUGCCAGGAUUGACGAAGGUGCCAGUCGGUGACCAACCCAGGGAUAUCGAGCGGCAGAUUAAGGAAAUGGUGUUGAAGCAAAUUAGCAAGCCGAACGCUAUUAUUCUUGCUGUCACUGGGGCCAACACAGAUUUAGCCAAUUCAGAUGGAUUGAAGCUUGCUAGAGAAGUAGAUCCUGAGGGCCAGAGGACAAUUGGUGUGUUGACCAAGGUCGACUUGAUGGACGAUGGAACCGAUGUCGUGGAUAUCCUGGCUGGGCGAAUCAUUCCCCUGCGAUUAGGUUACGUACCAGUUGUGAACAGAGGACAGAGGGAUAUCGACAAUAAGAAGGCAAUCACAGCUGCAUUGGAGAACGAGAAGAACUUUUUCGAGAAUCAUAAAGCGUACAGGAAUAAGAGCUCCUAUUGCGGGACUCCUUACCUUGCACGCAAGCUCAAUCUGAUUUUGAUGAUGCACAUCAAGCAGACGCUACCAGACAUCAAAGCUCGCAUUUCUGCUUCGUUACAGAAAUAUACCCAGGAGCUUCAAGGUCUCGGCGAUUCGAUGCUCGGCAAUAGUGCGAACAUCGUCCUCAAUAUCAUCACAGAAUUCUCAAACGAGUGGCGGACAGUAUUGGAGGGCAACAACACAGAACUCUCUAGCGUUGAACUUUCUGGUGGUGCAAGAAUCAGCUUCGUGUUCCACGAGUUAUAUGCGAAUGGUGUCAAGGCGGUAGACCCCUUCGAUCAAGUCAAGGAUAUUGAUAUCAGGACUAUUCUCUACAACUCUUCUGGAUCAUCACCAGCACUUUUUGUUGGCACGACUGCAUUUGAACUGAUUGUCAAGCAACAAAUCAAGCGUCUAGAAGAACCCAGCUUGAAGUGUGUUUCUUUAGUCUACGAUGAACUUGUCCGCAUUCUUACACAAUUACUUGGCAAGCAACUAUUCAGACGGUACCCAGGACUGAAGGAGAAGUUUCACCAAGUCGUCAUCAACUUUUUCAAGAAGGUCAUGGACCCGACAAACAAGCUUGUGAAAGAUUUGGUAGCAAUGGAAUCAUGCUACAUCAACACUGGUCACCCAGAUUUCUUGAAUGGCCACCGGGCCAUGGCUAUUGUCAAUGAGCGACAUAACUCGACCAAGCCGGUUCAAGUGGAUCCUAAGACGGGCAAACCAAUGCCGGCCUCAUCUACUCCCGUCCGAGCUGCAAGUCCAACUCUUGACAGCAUGAACGAUGCCAAUGGUGGAUUCUUUGGCAGUUUCUUUGCAUCGAAAAACAAGAAGAAGAUGGCUGCUAUGGAAGCUCCACCACCAACUCUCAAAGCAUCAGGCACCUUAUCUGAACGUGAAGGGAUUGAGGUUGAAAUCAUUAAACUUCUAAUCCAAUCAUACUAUAACAUCGUCAAGAGAACGAUGAUCGACAUGGUGCCUAAGGCAAUUAUGCUGAACCUUGUCCAAUUCACAAAGGACGAAAUGCAACGAGAGCUUCUAGAGAACAUGUACAAGACAGAUGCCCUCGAUGAACUACUCAAGGAAAGUGACUACACUAUCCGGCGAAGGAAGGAGUGCCAGCAGAUGGUUGAAUCUCUAUCACGUGCGAGCGAGAUUGUGAGCCAAGUACAAUAA